AUGGUGGACCGGCUUGCUAACAGCGAGGUCAACUCCAAGCGGAUCGGGCUGGUGGAGGGCUGCUUCGGGGCGGCGGGCCAGCCGCUCGCCAUCCCGGGCCGCGUGCUGAUCGGAGAGGGCGUCCUCACCAAGCUGUGCCGCAAGAAGCCCAAGGCCCGGCAGUUCUUCCUCUUCAACGACAUCCUGGUCUACGGCAACAUCGUCAUCCAGAAGAAGAAGUACAACAAGCAGCACAUCAUCCCCCUGGAGAGCGUCACCAUCGACACGGUGCCCGACGAGGGCGAGCUGCGCAACGGCUGGCUCAUCAAGACGCCCACCAAGUCCUUCGCCGUCUACGCCGCCACCGCCACCGAGAAGUCCGAGUGGAUGAGCCACAUCGGGAAGUGCGUGGGCGACCUGCUGCAGAAGAGCGGCAAUGUGUGCGGUGCACGGCCGGGCUCAUGUGGAGUGGCAGAGGUGGUCUUCUGGAACGAAAGUCAGGAAACCAGUGUGUCGUCUUCCUGCCGGCGGCUCCGCCCCCCUGCGCCGCCCCGAGAGGCUUCCUAUGAGAAGCGCUGCCUGCUGAUCACAUGA